AUGGAUCAUGGGCGUUAUGCUCCACAACAUGGAUGGGAGAACAACAGUGCACCGAAUGGGUAUGGUGUAAUCAAUGAGCCAGAUUUUAGGUCUGGUGGAUCGUACAAUGGUAGGAGAUCUGUGGAUGAAGGCUUUCCUAGAGAUUCAUAUGGGAGGGGUGCAUUCUGUCAGGAUGCACAUGAUAGAAAUAUGUAUACACCACCACCAUCUGUUGGUGGAAUGUGGUCUCAGCCUCGAAGGAAUCAUGAUGAGGAAUAUGCAACUACAAGAGAUCACAGAAGGCACGACACUAAUUAUCGCAAUGAUGGAAAGCCUCAUGAGUUUGAUUCAUACAGAGGAGUUGAUAGACUCCGUGAUAAUUAUCAUGCUACUGACAACUAUUAUGAAUCUGGCAGUCACCGUGAUUUUGGUGUUGAUAGGAGCAAAAGGAUUGGAAGCAGAGAACGUGCCGAGUUUCAUGGUGAGUUUGAAGACCGGUACCGCAGUUCACACCAAAGCAAAGACGACAGCUAUAAGAGAGAUCAUGAAUAUGGUCGUUACGGUUAUGAUUCGGACUAUGGGAGAGGCAGGAGAGAUAGUAGCUGGAGAAGACGCGAUUCAUGUGAGAGUGAACGCGAAAGAAGUGGAGUAGGCCGUGAAAGAGAGGAAAGUCCAUACAUGCGCCAUAGCCGUUCUCGAUCACGUGGGCGUGAUGACCGAUCAAGAUCACGGUCUAGAUCAAGAUCUCCUCGUGCGAGAAGUCAUGGUCGGAACCAAAGAGAUGGCCUGUAUGAUGAUAAUCGGUUUGACAGAAGAAGGGAAUAUGAUUGGGAUGAUAGGAGGCAUGGUGAUUCAGUGGCCCCAUCUGCCACUGUUGUUGUCAAGGGACUGCCCCUGAAGACUAAUGAUGAUGACCUAUAUCAGAUUCUUGUACAACUUCCUCUUCAUAACUUGUUGCACCGGUUGAAAGUGUAUUGUCUGGAAGCUGCCCGUAGAAUGAUGGAAGCUACUGGAGAGAAUGGUCUCGAAAUUGAUGGCAGGAAUGUGUUCUUUCAGUACAGUAGUAAACCAACCAGUGGGACGGGUGGGCCUUCUCUUGGACAAGAAAAUUUUACACGGCCUACUUAUGGGCACAGGACUGUUGCUGCACCAUGUGAUUGGAUUUGUACUAUAUGCGGAUGUAUGAAUUUUGCCCGCAGGACCUCGUGUUUUCAGUGCAAUGAACCUCGUACUGAGGAUGCUCUACCAGCUGAUGCGACAGGUUCCACUCCACACUUUGGGAGAAGGGGAUCUGAUCUAGGUCCAACUCAUGUUUUAGUUGUUCGUGGCUUGGAUGAAAAUGCUGAUGAGGAAAUGCUUCGGUACGAAUUUGCUAAGCACGCACCAAUAAAGGACAUCCGUCUUGUUCGGGAUAAGUUUACUCAUGUGUCUAGAGGUUUUGCCUUCGUUCAUUUCCAUUCGGUGGAAGAUGCUACGAAAGCUCUGGAAGCUACAAAUGGGAUUACACUUGAGAAAAACGGUCAGGUUUUGCGUGUAGCAUAUGCUAAAAGUACACAUGGACCUGCAUCAGGGGGUUCGCAGUCAAACAGCCUUGCUGCAGCUGCCAUUGAGGCUGCAUCAUUUGCUCAGCAGUAUGAUGCCAUAGGUUGGGCUCCAAAAGAGUACAAUCCUGAUGACAAACAGAACAGCAACUCUGAAUCUCAAAAAGAUGGUGACGCAGCACAGUCGGGAUUUGUUUGGGAUGAAAAAUCUGGUUACUACUAUGAUUCCGCAUCUGGAUUCUAUUAUGAUGGAACUACUGGCCUUUACUAUGACAGCAACUCUGGAGUUUGGUAUUCAAUUUAUCAACAGACUCAACAAUAUGUCCCUUGUAACGACCAGAGCAAUACUAAGGCAGCCGGGGAGGCGGCCAGUGAAAACACGAAGACCUCAGAUAGUAAUAGUGGCAAAAAGGUUGUGAUCUCUGCGCCUGCUGCCACAAUUAAACAAAAUGAGAAAACUUCACUUCCUGAUGCUGUUCAAGCUGCUGCAAAUGCAGCCCUGGCUGCAGAAAAGAGAGAAAAGGAGAAGGCAAAAGAGAUUAAAUUGGCCUCAAAAAGUAGUCUCAUAGCUAAUAAGAAGAAGAUGAACAAUGUCCUAGCCAUGAAUUGCAUCGACCCAAAUGUUGGAUUCAAUGUAAAGCCUAGACCUGUCAGUAACAGCUUAGGGACUACAGUUAUGGGUGUCAUAAGAGGUUCUGCUAGAGGAGUGAUCAAGUCGGAUACUACGUUUCAUGCAUUAUCUGAUGCUGGGAGCACUGACUCCCGCACUACUAUAACCACAAGAGCAAGUGGGUUAAUGACAAGUCCUGAGGCACUUGUAACUCCUGCACCCUUCAAAACUGAUGUGUCUGCCUUAGUCUCUAAUACUUCAUCGGGAGUUUCUGGGAGUGGUAAACGUCGAUUUUCUGAGGCACGAGUGCAAUCCCAGUACAGGGAUCGAGCUGCAGAAAGACGAAAUCUGUAUGGAUCAUCUCUUGGCACUGAUGCUGUUGGACUGGAUUCAACUGGUGACUAUCCGUCCCGAAAGGGUUCAAGUGAGAUAGGGUCGAUGCCGUUUCCUCCUGGUGUGGGUGAACGUUCCAGUGGUGAAAUUGGCAACAGCGAAAACUAUGAAAUUAUUACCACUGAUAGAGCAAUUGACGAAAGCAAUGUGGGCAACCGUAUUCUACGCAACAUGGGGUGGCAAGAGGGACUGGGUCUUGGAAAGGAUGGCAGCGGUAUCAAGGAACCAGUCCAGGCAAAAUCCGUGGACGUCAGGGCUGGACUGGGAAGUCAGCAGCGAAAGGCUGAUCCAUCCCUGGAGGCCCAAGCCGGGGACAGCUACAAAACCGUCAUCCAGAAGAAGGCCAUGGCAAGAUUCAAGGAGAUGUCCUAG